AUGAACAAAAUUUCAGAGAAUAAGAGGAUCAUAUCAUUUUUUAAAUUUUUAGUUCAACUUACAGCUAUUGAUAAAUCCUUCAUUAUAUGCGGAUCAAACUCCUUGCACUUAAUGAUUGAAAUGAAGAUUGAUUUAAAGAACUAAUGCUUUCAAAAUAUUAAAAUUUAUAAUACUUCUUUAAUUGGAGGUAAUUUUUUCAGAAGCAAUUUGAGUGGAUCUGAUUUUAACAAUGUGGAUAUUAGUGGAAUGAAUUUGAGUGGAGCGCUACUCUUUAACUGCAAUUGGAAGAAUAUUAAAAUACUUGAAUUAAAUUAAUUAGAAUGUCGCUUAUAUGAUGUUCGAUCAAUUUGUUUCUCUCCAGAUGGUAAGACAAUAGCAUCUGGUGGUAAAGAUAAUUCUAUUUGUUUAUGGGGUGUUAAUAGUGGAUAAUAAAAAGCCAAAUUUGAUGGACAUCAUUAUGCAAUCUACUCGGUAUGCUUCUCUCCUGAUGGUACUACAUUGGCAUCUGGAGGUGAUGAUAAGUCUAUCUUUGUGUGGGAUGUUAAGACAGGUUCAUAAAUAGCAUAAUUGGAUGGUCAUUGUAAAACUGUCUACUAAGUAUGCUUUUCUCCUAAUGGAACAACAUUAGCAUCGGGUAGUCAAGAUAAGUCUAUCCGUUUAUGGGAUAUUAAGACAGGAAAAUAAAAAGCAAAAUUGGAUGGUCAUUGUAAAACUGUCUACUCAGUUUGCUUUUCUCCUAAUGGAAAAAUAUUAGCAUCUGGUAGUCAAGAUUAUUCUAUCUGUUUAUGGGAUGUUAAUACAGGAUCAUAAAAAAUAAAAUUAGAGGGUCACGAUUUUGAAGUGUUAUCAGUCUGUUUCUCUCCUGAUGGUACAAUAUUAGCAUCUGGAGAUGGAAAUGUAAAUUCUAAGCAUGAGCGCAAUAACUCUAUUCUGUUAUGGGAUGUUAAAACUGGAUAAUAAAAAGCCAAAAUAGAAGGCGAUUAUUCUGCAGUCUACUCAGUAUGCUUCUCUCCUGAUGGUACUACAUUGGCAUCUGGAGGUGAUGAUAAGUCAAUCCUUAUAUGGGAUGUUAAAACAAGAUCACAAAUAGCAGAAUUAGUUGGUCAUUCUAAAACUGUUUACUCGGUAUGCUUCUCUCCUGAUGGUACGAUAUUAGCAUCUGGUGGUGAUGAUAAGUCUAUCCUUGUUUGGGAUGUAAAGGCAGGAUCAGAAGAAUACAAUAUUGAUGGUCAUACGAGUUCUAUCUUUUCAGUAUGCUUCUCUCCUGAUGGAACAACAUUAGCAACCAGUAGUGUGAUUAUGCCCAUCAAGUUAUGGAAUGUUCAGACAGGAUCAUUAAAAGCCGCAUUAUAUGGUAAUUCUUAUGGAAUUCAAUAUUUAUGCUUCUCUCCAGAUGGUACUAAAAUAGCAUCUUGUACUCGAGAUAAUAAUAUCCAUUUAUGGGAUGUUAAAACAAGACAAUAAAAAGCCAUAUUAUGGGGUCAUAGUGACUGGGUUAACUCUGUAUCCUUCUCUCCUGAUGGUAUAACAUUAUUUUCUGGUAGUAGAGAUAAGUCGAUCCGUUUCUGGGAUGUUCGGGCUGGGUUAUAAAAAGCCAAAUUGGAUGGUCAUACUCAUUGGGUAACUACAGUAUGCCUCUCUCCUGAUGGUAUUACAUUAGCAUCUGGUAGUAUGGAUGAUUCUAUCCGUUUAUGGGAUGUGAAAACUAGGAAAAAAAAAGCGAUAUUGAGUGGUCAUAGAAAUGGAAUCAGAUCAGUUUAGUUUUCUUCUGAUGGUAGUAUUAUAUAUUAAAAUCAAAAAAUUUAUUCUCUCUUUUUUUAUUCGAGACAUCAAUAUCUUCAAUAAAUUUAAGUAAAGAAUUUUUUCACUAUUUAAUAUUAACCUCUAUUAAAUUUAUUGACGAUAAAAAAAUAUUGCAAAAAAUAUUCUGGUACUUAAGAUAAAGAAGAAUCUCGUUUCAAAGAUUAAAAGAUUUUUGAGUAAUUUUAUAAAAUUAGUUUAAACAUCUAUACAAUUGCAUCUGGUAGUAUUGAUCACUCUAUCCGCUUAUGGAAUUUUAGGACAGGAUAAUAAAUAGCCAUAUUAUGGGGUCAUCAUGAUUGGGUGAAUUCGGUAUCCUUUUCUCCUGAUGGUACGACAUUGGCAUCUAGUAGUGGAAAUUCUAAUGAAGGGGAAGAUUACUCCAUCCGUUUAUGGGAUGUUAAGACAGGAUUAUAAAAAGCCAAAUUAAAUGGUCAUACAGAAUCUGUCAUAUAAGUAUGCUUCUCUCCGGAUGGCACUCAAUUAGCAUCUGGUAGUUGGGAUAAAUCUAUCCGUUUAUGGGACGUCAAGACAAGAUAUGAGAUUUAAAUCUUAGACAAAAUUCACAAAGAUGUUGUAGUAUAAUUUAAAUCCCCUCUAUUUUAACAAAAAUUUCUUUCUGAAAGUGUUUUAUAUUUUAGUAAUUUUUAGCCAAUCCUCAUUAAACGGUAGACCUUAUAACCAAAAAACCAAUUUUGUUAGCAUAAGGAGCCUUAAUUUUAAACGGAGAAUUCAUCAACUAUUAAGGUGUUGACUUGAGAUAAUUAUUUAAAUCUAAAGGAAGUUUAUUUUUUGAAAAUUAAUUAGAAAAACAAUAAAAGAAUAAUUGA